AUGGUCCAUAGAGGGAAACUCAGUGCUGCCUGCGGUCCUUGUCGAAGUCGCCAUCUCAAAUGCGACCAGAAAAGACCAUUCUGCUCCCAAUGUAUCCGAGCCAAGAGAGAGUGUUUCGGAUAUCGGGAUGUCUCUGCAGGGAGAUUCUACGACCAGACUGACGAGGUGAAGAAGAGGAACUCGCCUUCAUCACCUUCCUCCUCUGCGUUGGUUCCUUCUCCGCCGCAAAAACGGAGAUUGGACCAGACUGCUAGUAUUUCCCUUAUACAGCAGCAUGUUUCCGUCCCGCUGGCCGACCAGGGUGCAGCUUUUAUGCUGUCUCGAUAUCCCACCCGAGACCGUGUAGCAGGCGGUCGAGGUCCAGUGAAUGGUUUCCUACCCCACGUGCUAUGCACACCAGCAGGACGUGCUGUCACCACGAGUCUCAAUGCAGUAGGCCUAGCUGCGCUGUCUAAUAUCCACCAGUCGCAGCAGCUCAUGCUGAGCGCACGGGAAACGUACAUCUCGGCGUUGGCAGAACUGAAUGAAAUUCUGAGUGACGAAACAAUGUCCGUAUCGAAUUCCAGUCUAAUAGCAGUGGGAUUCCUGGGCAUGUUUGAGAUAUUGACAUGCAAUGGUCGUCCCCUUUUGGAAAAAUAUCUUAACCAUGCAGAAGGUUCCGCCAAACUCCUCGAACUGCGCGGCUCCGACCAACUCAAGGACUCAAUCGGGAUGGGCUUAUUUUCUCAAUUUCGGACGAAUAUCAUCCUAGGUAACUUCUGGCUUAAAAAGCCCACGCCUUCGUGGAUGAUCGAGCUUUCAAACGAAGCCAUCGCUUAUCGUGGCCACGGAGCAAGCCCAGAUGAUGAGCUCUUCUUCCUUAUGGCACAAGUUGCCGAUAUAUGUGCCAGUCUCCGCAACGGUGCGCUUAUAGAGCCAGCCAAGGUCGUGAAAGAGGCCUUAAAACUCGACACAGAGCUCAAGUCCUGGGCAAUGUUUGUCGAUUCUAGCUGGCACUAUGCCGUUAUAGAUAACCCUGAACCUGCAAAUGAGAACAGUUGUGGCUCGCCUUUCCGACGCGUUUAUGGCAAACAGUACCAUCUCUACCCAAGCACGGUGGUCUCAGCAGGGUGGAACGAUUAUCGCUUCGUGCGUCUUAUUCUCUUGGAAGUCGUUUGCGCACUCUCCGAUCACCUUGCUCGGAAGGAUGAAGUGGCUGCCGUUGAGCAUCAACGGACAAUUUCUAACUGCACGGCCCUCUCGCAACAACUAACCGAAGACAUCUGUGCCAGUGUGCCCUAUCACCUCGGGGCAACCGAAGACUCUACUCUUGAAGAUUGGAAUAGCACGCCAACCGGAGGCAUGACUCGGUUGAUAUGGCCGUUGUUUGUUGCAUCUGACUGCGCUGGAGCAUCACCGGAGCUCGUAAAGUGGAUUGCCAAUACGUUGUUCCGGAUAGGUCAUGGAGUAGGGAUCCAGCAGGCAUUGGUGAUGUCAAAUCUUUUGAAAGCGGGUCGGCAUUUGAGCUGGCUUCCUGAGCUGGGAAUGUAA